AUGCGUGCAGACGUUGGGCAUGAGAAAUCUUUCAACAAUAAUUUGAACUCAUCACUACUAGCUUCUCGACGUCAACCAACUACUAUCAACAAUAAUACAUCAUUAAGAGGAAUUCGCAUUAACAUUAGCUCAGAUCCCUUUCAACAUCGUAUACCUCCUUAUAUUCAACGACUUUGGCAAGAAAGCAAAAUACGUAAAAGACUCUCAGCAUGGAAGCGUCGACUCAUUAAGCGAUACAGGCAAACAGGUUGGAUUGAGUUAAGCAUCAUCAUCUUUGGUUUAUUCUUUGGUUGUAUUUUUUUACUUGUUCAUGUAGGAUUUUUUAGUGGUAAAAAAUAUCAAGAUUGGCAACAGGAGCAUUCUGAGGAUAAUCAGUUUAUGGAAGAAGUUGAUUUGUUAGAUAAAGUGUAUCCUGAUGAAGGUCGAUUACAAACAACUGCUAUACUACUAUCGCUGUCUGAACAGAAUUCUAACUUGCAACAAAAAAAGUCUAAAUUACAACCUAUAUUAAAACAACUCUGUCAAUAUGAUAUGUUUGCGAAUUACAUUGUUUGGAAUGAUGAUCCAAUUUUCAACAUGACUUUAGAUAUGAUCUAUACUGAAGGAUGUACACCAAGUAAAUUGACAAUAAUUAAUGCGCCUGUUAAAAUGGGUGUAUCUGCAAGAUACCAUGCUUGUCGUCUUUCAAAAACACCUUAUUGCUAUUUCCAAGAUGUAUUCAUAGAAGAGCAACAACUUCGAAGCAUAUAUGCAAACUUUCUUAGAUCUCCUCAUUUAAUUCAUGGCAAAUCAAGUAAUUAUCAAGCAUUUAUUAAUUCUCAAUGGCGUUAUUGCUUUUUAAAUAAAGAUGUUCAGUUACAUACGUGUUAUAUUGACAUUAAAUCGGGUGCAUUUGCUGCUAAGGCAAUGGUAUCACAAUUCUUGGAAACUUAUGAUCAGAAUUCAGUUGUAGAUGACUUUGCAGAUAUAUAUUUUAUGAUGUAUAUGAAUCAAAUACCAUAUCAACUAGAAGGAAACGAUGAUUCCAUUAUUGUUAAGGAAUUAACUAAGAAAGAAAUUGAACACAUGGAUCUAGGAUUAACAAUAUUAUAUAAUGAUUUGGAAGAAGGUAUCAUACCUAUCAAGCCUUAUUUGGAAAGUAAAUUUGAACGUAAUGCAAGAGCUCCUUGUAGAAAUGAUCGAUGUUUGUUUUUGACAAAUAAACAGAUCAUGCCUGCUAUUGAUCUGUUCUCAUAUAAUCCCACUAUUUAUAUUAACACAUUACAGGAAAUGCAUGAUGAUUAUUAUACAAGCACUACGAAUCAACAUCAAUAUUCAAAUGCUGUAGAUGGAAAUGAAGACAGUUCAUGGAAAUCAAUUCAAAAUAUUCAAGCUGGAGAUUAUAUUGGACUUGAUAUGCUAAUGCCUAUGCGCACUUCUUUGAUGUAUCGUUUCCUUGUCAAUCAACCCUAUGUUUACAGAACUAGGCUAAAUGUUCAAAUAUCUUAUGAUGGCCUGUUAUGGCUUAAAUUACAUCCUUUACCUAGUUUCAAUUGUCAAAAUAUAGAUAACGAUCGACAACAGCAGCUUCUUGAAUGUCAGUUUAUAGUAACGGAUACAGGUUAUAGAUAUAUUCGAUUGGAAAGUCAAAAAGAUCAUGAUUUCCCCUUUGAUGUAUAUGAUUUAUCCUUUAGUGCUAAAGUGAAAAAGGAUGCAAAUGGUCAAUUGUUAGAAAUGACUUUAAAUGACGAGAGUAUUGCUUUUGUUGAAGAUGAAUUCACUGAUUAA